UCUUUACAUUUCUUUAGUAACAGGCACAAUGAAUAAACGCUCCAUAAAAAUGAAGCCAAAAUUCUGCACAAACCUAUAGCCAACAAUGCCAAAAAAGCGAUAAAGUUACCUUUUAGGUGAGAAGAAAGCAAGAAAGAGUUGCACCACGUUGCGUUGAAUCUACAACCAUUAGCGAUAAACGAAGUUCUUUUUCUCAAUGUUAUGCAAUCUCCGUCCUGUAGAUAAUAAACAAACAAGCUCUACGGACGGCUAUCCCAGUUAUUUAGCCGGCGCUGCGCGUUUCAUACACGGUGAAAAAUUAGUGGUAAUUUUUAAAACUACUUUGUGUGGUAAAUGGCAGAAUCUAAAGAAGGAAUGCCUCCUGAAGGUUGUUCCGUCGAGAAAUAUGAUAUUGUCCCUGUGGAUUCUUGUCAAGGUUGGGACACGACUUACGUAGACGCCUGCGUCUUCUGCGAUAGGAGAUUUGGGGAAUGGAGAAAAGCAAAUGAAGAGAAUCUGGCCACAACACCAGCAAAACCUGGAAUUUUAGAAAUGGCUAUAAAAUACGACAACAAGCUAGAAAUUGCUAAAAUAAUUCUUGAUACUAGGAACAUUCAAAAAGUGGUGCAUGAAAAUGUGGAUCAUAUCAAACAAAUCAUCAAAACAGACAAAAAAUACAAAUACAAAUGUCCAGGCAUUGUUUGUAGAUGGGUAACAUACAAAAAAGAUAAAGAAAGAGAAGUUGCUAUUUUAUGUGCACAUUGGCACAAUUAUGGUGUUUUACCACCACUUCAGAAAGAUUGGCCUGGAUUGGACAUUCUUCAAAAGACAGACUAUCUUACAUUCUCAGUUGAGCUCCAAAAGUGGUGCUACUCCACGAAAACCAAUUUCUGUAAGACACCAAUGGAAAUAGAGGUUGUUAAAAGCUGUACCUGGACACAAUGUGAAAUCUGUGAUACUUAUUUUACCCAAUGGAAAAAACUGGACUCCGUCAUUGCGAAUGACAAGGCACCUGAUGUUAUUGGAAUCUAUAUGGUUGCCAUCAGUUGUGAGAGGCAAAUAAAAAUUUUUGAAAUUUUCUGUUUACCUUCCGUGUUUACCAGCAUUAAAUUUAAUUUAGAAGGCAUUUAUAAAUUCAGGCAACAUGUCUUGACGGAAAAUGAGUAUGCCGAUAAAAAUGCAUUUUUUCUUGUUCGAUGGAUGGAACUCGAAAAUGUCAGAAGUGACAUAGCUUGUUUCUUGUACGCUCAUUGGUUGAAUGCUGAACCUAUCCCAUUGUAUAGAGACUUAAAGGGAAAGGAAGCAGUUGAAAGAAAUAGACAUUUUAUUUUUCGGACAAAUGAUAAGAAAUGGUGUUAUAAAAUAGAUACUUUUAAACAAGCUAGGACAAAUAAAUGUAAGUAUCAAAAAUUUAUUCUGAAUGAACUGGAAGAAGAUGUACUGUACGUCGAUUGCAGUAAUAAUUAAUAGUAUAAAACAUAAAUUAUUUAUUUGUAAAUAAGGUUAAUUAUUUCUAUGCCAUCUGUACAAAUUAUCCUAAUUCUUCGUUGUAGAAAUUCUUAAUUUCAGAGGUUAUAUAUUUUAUAUUUAUUUGUGCAAAAAGAAAUUAUUUACGAAUUCAAAAAGCAAAAGUUUACUAUUAAAAUCCUUUGUUGAUUCAUUGAUUAUAUGCAUCUUCGUGUAUUUCUAAGGAGGAAAAAUGAUACCUCAGUUUUAUAUACAAUUAUAUUGGCGUUUAUUAUUAAGACAAAUAAAGCUCUCUGUAAUGAAAUCUAUAAAUAACUUGUCUAUUUUUAAGACUUUAGUUAUUCGAUGAAAUUACCAGAAAUUUAUUAUUACCAUUCAUUUUGCGCCUCAUAUUUUAAUUAUUAAAAUUUAGUAACAGGAAAAUACAAUGAUUUAAAUAAAUAAAAUUUGGUGUAACUUAUUCUUGAGUUGUACCAUUUAUAUGCGUGUGAAAGAAUAGAUCGAUGGAAGGUCAACGCCUUGACGGAUUUGGUUCUAAAUCUCUGACGGAGCUGCACUUAAGAUGCUGAAACUUUGAAUCAAAUAUUUUCCUUCUCUCUUAUUGUAUUUUAUUACCCACUUGUAUUCGGAUGGACAGGCUUCUUUUGAAUAGAUUUCAUCCAAACUCUAAUAGAAAUCUAUAAAUUGAUGUAAACAUCAUAACCCAAAUUUCAUCUAUCUAGCUGAAAGCGGUUCUUGACUAUUAUGUCAAAGACAGGUACAUACAUGCAGAUAUAAUUCUAAAUAUUUGUUUCUCGAACUGAGGGAAGUUUGAAAUGCACAGAUUCAGCAAAUUCUAGAGUAUUCUAGAUUACAUUUUUUUAAAUUUUUUUAUGAUUAUAUCCUUUUAUAUAUAUUUCGCAUACAAGUAUAUCCCUAUAUGAAAAUUAAAAGCUUUAUUAAACAUUCUUUUGAAAUCAUUCAUUGGAUAUACUGAAUGAACCCUCCAUCUAACUAAUUGACCCAACCCGGCCAUGCAAGUUUUAACUAACAGGCCUGGGACGAGUUAUUUUUUCAAACGAGAAAUUCAGAGUGUAAAAUGCAAACGUCCUUAGCGAUAAUUUGCUUUACAUUCAUUCUCGUAAAUAGAUACCGGUUUCAAAGACUCAUUAUUAUAAAACAUUCGAAACCGGAUUAGUGGUAAAAAGAUUAAACGAGAAUUAAUAGUCCGAUAGACGUAUAAUAAAGAAAUUAAAUAAUUUUAAUUAACUAAUAUUAACUACUAACAAUCAUUUAUUCGAGUGUUCACUAUUUAUUUAGUAUAAAAUAUG